GCAAAUCUAUCGCUACGAUGUUCUCAUCUUAGAAAUCGAAGCAAGUACCGAUUGGUGUUGAUGUCGAAUAACAUAUGUUCCGUUCCGUGUGUUUGGAUUUUGGUCGAGGAUUAGUCUUUUGUGGUUUCAGGGACCAAUUUCUCUGUGUUUUUAUGUCGAUGGAGGAUAAAUUGGUGUUUUGCCUGUAGUAGUAUUUAUCUUUGAGGUUGUCGUUAAUUUUCUUUAAUGUUGUUAUUAAAGAUAAGCAAAUAUAUGUUUAAUGUUGCAGUCAGGUGAACUAUUAUAUUUUCCUGGAUAAGAGUAUAUAAUCAACUCAAGAUGAAGGGACGUGUACAAUGGGAUGAAGCUAAUAUAGUGGAAAUUGAAUCCAACAAACCUGUAAGGCAGAAGAUUACCGAACCAAAGACACCGUAUCACCCCAUGAUUGAUGAUGAUGGUUCUCUGUCUCCUAGAGGAAGAUCAUUUGACAACUGUGUUGAUGAAAUGCAUCGUGCGGAAGAACUAAGGAAAGUUCUGAAUGAUGUAGCUUCUUCCAGUAAAACUUUGAGCCAGAGAUCCGAGUCUGGUGGCUGGAGCUGGUCCGAGGAUGACACAGAUCCAAUGGAUGAAUAUGAAGAUUCUGAGAUUGAGAAAAAUGAAAGUUUCAAAGAGCAUAGACGGGUACACUAUGACGAGUUUCGAAUGGUAAAGGAGCUGAGAUCCUCUGGGUCUUUCUAUGGUAAAGAUGCAGAAGUGGAUGAUGGUGCCAGAAUUGUUAAAUCCGAGGCAACAAUCUCACAAAAAGCUCCCAGUGUUAUUGGCUCGGAUAGAGAAACAGCUGAUGGUGAUUCGGAUGCAAUAUCACCGGGAAAGCCAUCUUUGUCCUCUAGUUGAUUCAAACCUCAGAAUGAACCUUUUGACACUACAGAAUACGAUGUUACUAAACUGUAGCAAACACAAGUUUUAACUAUAAGAAGAUCAUAUUAGAAUAGGGAAAAUAACUAGAAUGACCCAUAUAUAUAUAUAUAUAUAUUUUGGUGUGAUAA